CGUAUCGUAUACGGUCGAAUGGCUUCGGUAUACGAGUAUAUACCAGUAUAACAGGGGGCAAUCGUGCGGGGGAUAUAAUAAUAUCGAUGCUAUCCCUGCAGUAUUCGAGGCAAUAAAAUCAUCUAUAUACCCGAUGCAGCAGUGAAGCGCACAGAAACACACAUACACACACAGAAAAUUAGUCGAGGAUAUAAUAAAAUCCGACGGGGUGGUCCAAGUUGAGAAAAUUUAUAAGAUGUGUAUAACUCGACACGAGUAUUGGUAAAUAAUAUUGAACAAUGACGAAUCGUUACGUAUCUUAUAGUACGGUAGUAUCGAGAUUUACAACUAUUCGGUUAUAUUAUCAUUGUAAGUUGUAGUUUUAAACACACAUCACGACUGCCACGUGCGACGUGUCUCUGACUAAUUUUUUUUUUUUUCAUUGACUCUACGCGUGUGACGAUGUAAAAGAAAAAAAGAAGCUUAUAAAUAUAAGCGUCACGGAAGACUUUUUGUUAUACGAGCGCGGAAAGAAAGAAAUAAUGAACAACAAUCUGAUCCUCGUUUUUGUUUUGUGCGUCGUCGUGGCCCAUCGCGCUCCAUUGGUCUCGUCCAAGCUACCGCCUCCGAAUCGAAAUGCCAAUUGCGACGAGGACUGCGUUUUCGAUUUGUUGAAAAAGCAGCUGCUCAGGAUCUUUGUAAAAGACAACAGCGGCAACCUCCGAGUUCCCUUGAUCGAGGGCAGCCAAGGAGUUUGGGGAUUUAAAAUCAAUUACGAAUUGAGAGAUUCCGUGAUCUCCGACGUGAGAAAAAUCGCGAGAGACGGCGACGUCGAGAUAAACAAGGAAGGCGAGCGCAUUACCAUAAAGCUCCGCGUCAAAGCUUCCAAUAUGCUGGGAAAAAUGGCUACGGCGAUAGGCAGCUUGGGCUGGUUCAGCUUUUCCUUUAAAAAUCCCAGAGCCGAGAUCUUCGCCGUGGAGAUGAGUUUCGCGAUCAUCCUCGAUCGUGGCCAGAGCCCGUGCAAAGUGACGUUCGGCGACGUAGCGACCCACGCCACGGGCGUCAAGAUCACCACGGAGGAGUAUCUGCCCGACUGGGUGAAGGAUCAGGCGAUGCGCUACCUCGAUCCGGCCCUAGCCGAUGCCGCCACGACGAUCUUCAAUUCCGAGUCGGGAGUCGAGUGCGAGCCGUUUUUGGCGAUAGUCGCCGAUCGUCUUCCGCACUGAUGGAUCGUUUUAUAUUGUUGACAUAUGUUUUUUUGUUUUAAUUUUAUUUUCGACCUCAAUAAAAAAAAGUU